CAUUGAACCUGUCAAUCAACACCCCUUUAUGCGCUUCAGUGAUGUUAAUUCAUGCUGGGAGGCGUCUAUUCUCUGUACCACGCCAAGGAGUAGUCACUUAUACUCGAUGCUUCAGCACCAUCGAAGAUCAUCGUGAACCCUUACGAAUCUUAUAUUGCGGUACAGAUGCAUUCAGCACAAGUUCGCUGAUAGCCCUUGACAACAUACGCAAGAAAUUUCCACGCAUCAUCGAAUCAAUCCAGGUCUUGCAUAAGUCUGAAAAGCCCACGGGACGCGGCCUUAAAGUCCUGUCAGAAAUACCUAUACAAAAACUUUCUCGGUCACUUGGUUUAGACACUUAUCACAUCAGUCACAGCAAUGAAAUAGCUGUUUGGACACCACCCAAGGAGUACAAUUUGAUCAUCGCCGUCUCCUUUGGGCUGUUCAUCCCUCGGAGACUGAUAGAAUCCGCAAAGUAUGGGGGACUGAAUGUGCACCCAUCACUUCUACCUGAUCUUCGCGGCGCCGCUCCCAUACACCAUGCCUUGUUACUGAAAAGACCGGUCACCGGCGUCACCAUCCAAACUCUCGAUGUGGACAAGUUUGAUCACGGUCUUAGAAUAGAGCAGUCAGGACCAAUUGACUUGACACGAGGUGAGUACGUAACCCUUGAGUCUUUGUCAAGGAAGCUCGGGCAAGUAGGCAGCCAGAUCUUAGCCCAGUGUAUCAUGAACAAAAGCUAUUUACUUGGACCGAACACGGAGGCCCCUAAGGAUGGAGGAUGGAGUCACUCGCCGUGUGCUCCGGACGAUGAGAGAUUUCCCCCAAUUAGCCCAGCGCCUAAAAUCACACCGGAAAUGAAGCAGAUAAAGUGGGAAACCCAAACAUUUGAAGACAUUGCACUACACCGACGUGUUCUUGGGCCCACGUGGGACAAGUCGAUUCAUGCCAUGAAUAAGCGCAUUAUCUUCCAUAGGUUCGAAUUCGCACGGGAUGCCAGUAUCUUCAAAGAUCUUCUUCCUGGGGAAUCUAUCACAGUCUCUAGUCCGGACUCCAACGUUAGGACGCCCUACGUCAAGACGUGUGAUGGGCCUGAUGUAGGGUUGAAAAUGCUGAACUGGACGGUUGAGGGAAAGAGGCCGAAUUGCUACUGGAUCCCAAAGAAACCGAAAAGUCGUGCUAUGUCGGCAGAAGAGUCAAAAAAGAUUGAGGGUGCCGCAGCAUGAGAGGAACUUCGAGGAUGUAGCAAUAUACUUAAUCCAAUUGUAUCAUUCCAAUUUCAGAAUCGAGACUCCGCUG